AAAGCACAGACCUCUAAAUGUGGUCUUCCUCGGGUGUGGUCUCCCACUCUAGAACGCCAACUGCGCACAAAUCUCACAUUCAAUCAUUUCAAAUUCUGAAGGGUCCAAGUGACACCAGGUCAGCUGGGCCAUGUCAGAGCACUUAGAGGCAGAGGAUAACAGCUUUGGAGGAGAGAAUGUAUGGUGAUAGCCAGAUUGGGGUGGUGAUGGUGAUGGGUGGUCUUGGUUCUUCUCAGGCUGUAGACUCUGGCCUGCAAUACAGUAGCAGCCUCUUUCCAAUAGAUGUGGAGUGGGGCUUGAGCCUGGUGGCCUAGGACUGUUGUCCCAGCUACUCAAGAAGGAGCCUAAAGCAAAAGGAUUUGAAAACUCAAGGUCAGCCCAAGCUAUGAAGUUAUUUUAAGGUGAGUAUGAACAAUUAUUAGUGAGAUCCUUUUUCGAGAUUAAAAGGGAAAGGAAAAAGGGUGGUGGUGCUGGGGUCAUAGUUUAGUAGUAGUGAGUUUUCGAAGCAUGCCUGAGGCUACAGUUGAAGAUUUAAUUCCCGGGAACCUUCCACUUCACAAAGAACAACAAAAGUAAGAAGUGAUAUUUAGCUGUCAUAAAGGAUGAUCAAAUUUUAAUAAAGACACAAGCAAUUAUUGUAGAAACGGAAAGAAUAAAAACUAUCUACAUGAAUUGGAAAAUGUAAGGUAUUUCUAUGAGUCAGCAUGUAGUUAGCUACAGUACUACAGAGGGAUUAUCUCAUAGCUUUAAAAACUGAUCUGCAGAUCUUAAAAAAAGUGUGAUUGUGCUGGGCCUAUAGGAGUAGUCCCAGUACUUUGAAUGUUGGGGCAGGAGGAUUAGGGAUUCAAGGUCUGUCUUGACUACAGACUGCUGGGAUUAAAGGGAGGAACUAAAAUGUCCUGUAAGGGAUCGAUUUUAUUCUUACUUUUUUUUUUUUUUUUUUUUGAGACAGGAUUUCUCUGUGUAGUCCUGGCUGUCCUGGACUCACUUUGUAGACCAGGCUGGCCUAGAAUUCAGAGAUCCAUCUGCUUCUGCCUCCUGAGUGCUGGGAUUAAAGGUAUGUACCACCUCUCCCAGGUGUUACUCUGCCUUUUUUGUAAUUGUAACUGUAGUAGUUGGGGUUGCCCAAAAUUUGGUAAAUAGUGGGAUUCUGUUACAGUGCCUCCUCCCACCCCAGCCCAUAGGCACCGAUUCUCAAGCUUGACAUCUUAGGCAACCGCUGUAACCCUGAGCCACAUCCCUUGUCCUACAGGUACUGUCACUCACAACGCAUCCCUUCUGAAAUUGUACUACCUUGUUCUAGGUAUUUCCUUCACAGCAACUUUUCACUAGAGAUUUCCAAAUGACCAGUCUUGAGAGUGUUGGUUCAUUUUUUUGUUUUGGAAUGCAUAGUGACUUAGUUUUGGGAACCAAAUCCCGUUUUAGGUAUCAAAAGGGUGCUAAUCACUAUAGAUAGAUAGAUCUUACGCAAAACCCCACGAUCGAAACCAAAUUCUCCAUUAUUAACAGGCCCUAAAAAAAUUUCUGGCUUUUGCCAAACCGUUUUACUCUUCUCCGCCACACCUCUGCCUAGGGCCUGUAGCUAUUUGUUUGGGACCUUGGGCAAAUAAGUUCUCCCGAGAUGGCAGGCUAGGAACAGGAACCGCGCCAAAAUACACUCCAGGCCUAGCGGCGGUUUCCAGAACAACUUUUGAAGCCUGGAAACUCAGCAGGUCUUAAUCCCUAGCUCGCACCUCCGGCGGGGACCGAACCCCCAUACUUUGUGACUGAGGUCAGGGUCAGGAGGGAUCCUAGGAAGUAUUUAGGAAAAAAAAUGACGAGGAACUGCACGCCACCGUUCUAGAGUAAGGGCACUCAGAGCGCACGCGCAGAGGAUGUACCUUCCGGUUUCCUGUUCCACCUCUUAGCACCUCCUAGUCAUCCGCCUCAACAAGGCUUCCCCUAACACGCCCCGCCCCCCAAAGAUAGCCCCGCCCCCAAGGCUCCGCCCCGACGCUCCCCCCCACCCCGUUCUAUUUAAUUGUUGGAUUGUCACCUCUGCAAUCCCGCUGACGGCCAGCAGGGGGCAGAGUUCGGGCCUGCAACUUUUUUCCUUCUCCGGCCGCGUCCCCUUAGGGAGGCGGUCGGCGUUGGGGGAGGGGAGGGCGGGGCUCGAGGCCGCAGUUCGGUCCGCUGCUUGCGCUGCUUUCUGUUCGGGUCGGCGGAGAGGCCGCGACAACCGCAUCAGAGCUGACGUGGGUGCGACGUGGGGCCGCAGCCGCCGGGUUGCCUGGGCGGCGGCCGUCGGGCUCUGCGUCCCCCACCUCCUCCCGUCCGUAAUCAGUGACGAGGUCCGCUACGUAAAUCCUUCCCGGCGGGUAGCAACAAUUGCAGAGACAGAUGAUUCUGCAGACUCAGAAGUAAUCGAUUCGCAUAAACGUAGAGAAAUUCUUUCACGAAGACCCUCAUAUAGAAAAAUACUGAAUGAACUUUCCUCUGAUGUGCCUGGUAUUCCCAAGAUUGAAGAAGAAAAAUCAGAGGAAGAAGGGACACCACCUAACAUUGCUACCAUGGCAGUACCAACUAGCAUAUAUCAGACUAGCACGGGGCAAUACAUUGCUAUAGCCCAAGGUGGAACAAUCCAGAUUUCUAACCCAGGAUCUGAUGGUGUUCAGGGACUCCAGGCAUUAACAAUGACAAAUUCAGGAGCUCCUCCGCCAGGUGCUACAAUUGUACAGUAUGCAGCACAAUCAGCCGAUGGCACACAGCAGUUCUUUGUCCCAGGCAGCCAGGUUGUUGUUCAAGAUGAGGAGACUGACCUUGCCCCAAGUCACAUGGCUGCUGCCACAGGUGACAUGCCAACUUACCAGAUCCGAGCUCCUACUACUGCUUUGCCACAAGGUGUGGUGAUGGCUGCCUCACCAGGGAGUCUGCACAGUCCCCAGCAACUAGCAGAAGAAGCAACUCGAAAGCGGGAGCUGAGGCUGAUGAAAAACAGGGAAGCUGCCCGGGAGUGUCGCAGGAAGAAGAAAGAAUAUGUCAAAUGUCUUGAAAAUCGUGUGGCUGUGCUUGAAAAUCAAAACAAGACCCUCAUUGAGGAACUCAAGGCCCUCAAAGACCUUUAUUGCCAUAAAGCAGAGUAACUGUGUUUGACUUGGACCUGGUUGACUGUGAACUCUAAUGGGGCAGGCGAUGCAGCAUCCUCGUAAUGGCCAUAUGGACUUGUAGAUGGGUCUCUUAACCCUUGCUUAAGAAUACAGUCUGCUGUAGGGUGUGAAUUGGGAACACUGUUCCACGGGUCGGAAUGCAGCUCUCCUCCCAUUACCAAGCUUGCUCUAUUGCCAAUAGCAUGCAACAUACGUUUUGUUUGCCCUUCUGCUUCUACUUUUUUCAGGGAAGCUGCUAAAGAAUGUCGACGUCGAAAGAAAGAGUAUGUGAAGUGUCUGGAGAGCCGAGUCGCAGUGCUGGAAGUUCAGAACAAGAAGCUUAUAGAGGAGCUUGAAACCUUGAAAGACAUUUGCUCUCCCAAAACAGAUUAGUAGAAAUAUUUAACUAUGAACUGAUUACAGCAUGUACAGUUGCUUUUGAAUGCAAUACAAUAUAUAGCCGGCAAGAAUUAUGGCUUUUUCCUUUGUAUCAUUCAUCUAACUUUCUAAAACUAACAUUCCUAAGAUGCUUCGUUGUAUUUAAUUUGCUCUUACCUCUAAAGUCAAUUUUUUAGAAGAGACAAACUGUAAAAAAUGUAUGUAACAAAUUCUUAAAAUGAAAUAUUUGUUAAGACUUGUUCCAGUGCGACAUAUUUGCAGUUCCCAGUCUCUGUUGUGAAUAGUGUCCUAUGCAAUACAAAUUUUGCAGGUUUUAAGAAUCAUUUUAGGAAAGGAUGAUCAAAGGCAGUGCAUCUCUCCAGUAGGACAAUAAAAUCAAACCACAGAGAUACCUCAGGAAGAAUGAAAGGAAGUAUAUUCUGAUGACACGGCUACAUGAGAAUAGCCUGACACGGCUACAUGAGAAUAGCCUACAAAUGAGUUUGUGCAUUUAUAGAUUUUUAUAAUUGUCACUUUGUAAAGAAAAUAUUGUAUUGCUGUCCUUGGGUGCCACAGUUGAAGACAGUUUUCAAUAGAACCAUGUUGGUUGCUCUUUGUACUAUUUGGUGUUUAUUUCAAUAUCUGAACAUUUACUAUAGCUUCCUACUAUGUAUGUAGUAUGUUUAAUCCUACAGAAGUUUGUGCUGCUUUGCUAUUAUCUUUAAAGAGACAACAUAUUUUUAUUAUCUGGAAUGAGUUCCACUACUAUGAACUUAUUGCUACACUGGGUCAACAGCCUUGCAAACACUGAGCCAUUUCAUCAGAGGACAACUGCAGGGCUCUAGGGGCAGAGUUCAGUGUGGAGCACUCGCCUGGAGUGUGCAAGGCUUCAUGUUUAGUCGACAGCACUGUAACAAGACAGACAGUGUUUGAAAGGGAAGACGUGGAGCUCUGCACACAGGAUGGGUGCUGUACCAGGCGUCCUGCAGAUGGUCUGGAGAGUUUCUGCCAAUGACCCUCCAUUGUGAAGUUUUGCAACCUUAGGAAUGUUAACAUUUAAAAAACAACCCAAGAUGUCAUUUUCGAUAUCACAAGUUGGAUCAGUUUUGUUUUGCUCUUGGGAAUGUAGCUAUGUACAUUUAUCAUGUAGGUCCAGGCUGGUCUUAAACUCACAAUUCUCUCGCCUCAGCCUUCUGAGGGCUUGGAUUACAGGUGGGGCCAGAAUAUCCAGUUUGAUCCAGUAUUUUUUUUUAUAAAAUAUUACUUUCUAA